UCCGUCGAGCUGUCAGUUGACAGCAGCACACAUGAGCCCCUGUGCUGCAGACGGAGUCGACCACCCGUUGUUUUCACGUCGGUAAAACUGCUCCUCGGCAUUUUAAUUCAAACGGGGGAAGGACAUAAUAUGACAUUCCUGUCAUCUUUACGGACUGACCUCAAACGCGUAGGAGGGCUGAGCUGCUUGCUAGUAAAGGGCUGCUAGCUAAUGAUAAUAGUUAGCUCGGAGGCUAAUGGUAACUAGCUGCUAAGCGGAGUUCGGUUCUGCUUUUGCCGUCGGUUGGCUAACGUUUCAUAGCUGGCUCGCUAGCAAAGGUCGGAGGGACUAACGCUGGCUGGUGGUUAAUAGCUUUUUGUUAGCUAAACGUCAUCAUUUGCUGUUAAUUUUAAUAAAUUGUUUUGAAGCUGCUUUAUAUGUUGUAUGUAAUCUGUAACGGGUCUUCGCAUUUGUCCAGUUUCAUACGUUUAGUAAUUUAACUGAAUUUAUCGUUGAUGCUUGCUAGCUAGGAAGCUACACUGCUAUGCUAACGCCAGCUCAGUGAGUCCUCACAUCACAGGGGUGCGGAGAGCUCCAGAUUCGUCAAGGAAGGAAGAGAGGUGACUUAUGAUGUGGGCUGAGGGAAGCGGAGGACUGUUCGGCGAAGGAGAGCAGCAGUAUUAGCUUUAACAAAUUGUUUUUUAUAAGUCCUUGUCGGGGUCGGGCCAUAGCGUCAGCUAAGCUGUGUGGGACGUUGGAUGAAGAAAAGAAUUGGGGCACUUUGAUUUGCGAGCUGGCUAGAUGAAUAGUAUUGGUAUUACUAAGUCGUGAGCUGGUGGACGCUGUGCCAGCGUCAAGGGAAGACACUGUCAAGAUUAUCGCACAGACUGCAAUAAACAGCCAGUUUGCUUAAAAGAUGGCUUCGGCGAGCAGCAUUGCCGCAGCUAUUGCGAGCAAAACGAAGACGAAGAAAAAACACUUCGUGGCUCAGAAAGUGAAGCUCUUCCGUGCCAGCGACCCUCUGCUCAGCGUGCUUAUGUGGGGAGUCAACCAUUCGAUAAAUGAGUUAAGCCAUGUUCAGAUUCCCAUCAUGCUCAUGCCAGACGACUUCAAGGCCUACUCAAAGAUCAAAGUGGAUAACCACCUCUUCAACAAGGAAAAUAUGCCAAGCCAUUUCAAGUUCAAGGAGUACUGCCCUCUGGUGUUUCGAAACCUCAGAGAGAGGUUUGGAAUUGAUGACCUGGAUUUUUUGAACUCUCUUACACGCAGUGCUCCCUUGAACAGUGAGGCCCAGGGGCGCAGUGGGGCUCGUUUCCAUACCUCCUGCGACAAACGCUACGUCAUCAAGACUAUCAGCAGUGAGGACGUGGCUGAGAUGCACAACAUUUUAAAGAAAUAUCACCAGUUCAUUGUGGAGUGCCAUGGGAACACACUGCUGCCCCAGUUUCUCGGGAUGUACCGGCUCACGGUGGACGGAGAUGAGACCUACAUGAUUGUUACACGAAAUGUCUUCUCUCACCGCCUCUCUGUCUACAAAAAAUAUGAUCUCAAGGGUUCUACUGUGGCGAGAGAGGCCAGCGACAAGGAGAAGCAGCCGCCCCCGCCAGAGGAUGUGCCCCCGCGGCCCAAAUCUGGUAACGUUCAGCAAAGGCUGCAAACACUGCGGAUUGCCACGCGCUUUUACUGCGCCAUGAAACACGUAAGAGAUGCCAAGGAGCUGCCCACCUACAAGGACAAUGACUUCAUCAAUGAUGGGCAGAAGAUCUACAUCGAUGAUGAGAACAAGAAAAUGUUCCUUGAGAAGCUCAGGAAAGAUGUGGAGUUCCUGGCCCAACUGAAACUCAUGGACUACAGCCUGCUGGUGGGGAUCCAUGACGUAGAGCGCGCUGAGCAGGAAGAGGUGGAGAGCGAAGACAACGAGGUCGAGGAGGAGGGAGAAAGUGACGGAGGGGGCAUUGGGACGCCCCCUGACAGUCCCAGUAACACCCUGGACAGCACCAAGCCUCUGUCACCUGGAGAGUUCGACCCCAGCAUUGACGUCUAUGCCAUCAAAAGCAAUGAAAGUGCUCCCAGGAAGGAGGUGUACUUCAUGGCUGUCAUAGACAUCCUGCAGCAUUACGAUGCCAAGAAGAAAGCUGCCCACGCCGCCAAGACUGUCAAACAUGGGGCCGGAGCGGAGAUCUCCACGGUGAACCCCGAGCAGUACUCCAAGAGGUUUUACGAUUUCAUCACCACUAUCCUGUCAUAGCCUCAAGGAGCGACAGGAGGGCACAGGGGCACGUGGGAAAGGGAAGGAUCAAGCAAGCAGGGAGGAGGGCGGGGAGGAGAGAAACCAUCCAGAGUGUGAUGAAUAACAUGCUGUGAUGGCUUUGUGUCACCCUCCCUCCUCUCUCUCUCUCUGUUUGUCACUCCCUCUUCCAGCGGGGUGCCACGCUCUGCAGCUAAACAAAAACCCAUCAUUCGUUUACAUUUAACCUCUCCUCGUUGAGUUCAUGUGUUACUUUGGAUGAUAAGGGUGUUUAAAGCAAGUGUCCAACUCAUUAUGUUUUUUUUUUUUUUUUUUCUACAUCAUUUGUUUUGUCUGUGUCGUUGUUUAUGUGGGAAUACGGCUUUUUUAAUUGCCUCUAAAACAGUAUCCAGCACCCUGCUUUUUUAUUUUAUGUUGUAUUUGUCUGUAGGUUUGAUGUUUGGGGGAGGAAGAGGGAGGGUGUGACGUGUGUAGGUCAAGGCAGAGAUUGAGGUUCCUCUUGCAAAAAGAAGGCUCAUAGGGAAGUGGGUGCUGAGCCUCGCCUGAUGCAAUCACUUCAUUUCAGGAAGUGGGAAGCUGUCUUCCAACAGGCCAACUGCCAGACCCCUCACCCACAAGAACCUAGCCAAACAAAACUUCCCAUCACUCCCUCUUUAGACGCCACCCCUUCCCUUCCUGGUCCUAAUUGUACAGUUCUGGGUUGUCCUCUCGCCACAACUGUGCUCGUUUCCAGCACUAGUUGCACCUCAGUGGUCGUCAGUGUACUUGUGGUGACUCUGGGCAUUGUACGUUUGUUUUUGUUCCUCGUGGGAGAGAAUUACCCAGAAUUCAUGUGUGGCUGUAGUGAUUAUAUCUUUGUAAUGAGCGUCACAUUGAAGCAUCAGCAGCCCGUACCUUUCUGUUGCCAUCAGCACCUUAUGAGUGAAUCAAAAAAGUUGCACUUUUAUUUGUUCUUAGAGGUUAGGAGCUCUUGUUUAGUUACAUGAGGAAAGAAGUGCAUCUUCAGAGGCCUGUCUCCUCCGCUGUGUCACCUAUGCUUCUUAAUGCAUGGAUUGUAAAGGAAUAAUUUACUGCAAUAUUUAAGCGGAGAGUGGUUGAGUUCUGUUCACAGGGCUUUUGUAAACUAUCCUGAACAAUCCUUUUUGAGAAGUGCUCCAGUUGAGAGCAGGCAAUGGUGCGCUUUUAGACAGAGACUGUUUACCUCCAGCAUCGUACCAGCGCACACCCGGCAACGGCGAGCAGCGUGUGUGUCAGUGUUCAUAUAAAGGGGAGAGAGAAAAAGGGGAGAGGGAGGGAGGUUGGGAGGUAAAGUGACGUGUUAAACCAGUAACACCAUCAGCAUCUUCUCUAACCUCUGCUGUGAGUCUGUUAUUCCUGUUUGUUAUUGUUCACAUUUUUUUAAAGGUGGUUUAUCUGUGUUUGAAUUUGGCGGUUUUAUGCAUUGAUGUGAUUUUUUUUUUCUUUCUGUUUCAUUUUUUUUGUAUAUUUUGCACAAGAGGAAAGGAACCAAAUGUUAUGAAUACGAUCCCAAUUAGUCGAUGUGGUCUUAACAAGGGAAAUGCAAUAUACUUGUAUGUAAGUGAGAAAACGUUGUUGUGCGUGUGAUGUUGUGUAUCACUUCUGGAUAACCAACUAAAACAAGUAAAAAGUUGUCCUUGUUGACUAUUCUAACCCAUGCAAAAAGCUUCCAUCACCAUGUAUUUGUUUAAAAAUCAUAGAUUAUAUUCACAUUUCUAUUUUUACAUCGGUCAUGACAAUAAUUGUAUUUAAAAAUAAGGAGCCACCCUUUGGAACGACUGAUGUGGUAAAUGAAGAAUGAUACUGCUUGAAUUUAUACAACGCUUACUAUAGAUGUACCUAAAACUUUAAAAAGGCAUAAAAAAAACUGCAUGUCACAGGACUAAGUUUCCUUUUCCCUUUCUAGUCUGUGUUGUUAGCUGUCCCCACACUUUAACCAGAUUUGUUAGCUGUUUGGCGUAAACUAGUCGCUACCAUGCUUUAAAUAACUGUUUUUCAUUGUAUACACUGUGCAAGAUGUGUGCCUUUAUACUCCAAAAUUAUUUAAUUUUAUAUUUUGUAAUCUUUUUUUAAACAAAGGUUAUUUUAAUAAUAGGGUGUUUACUUUGACAUGCAUUCUUUGUUCAGCCCUGCUGCUUCCACUCUAUUUAAAUUUAAACUAAGCCAUUCAAGUGAUUGUUUUAACAGCUCUCCUAAAUUUAAAUACAGUGGACCAGCUUUGAUUUUGUAAAUUCUAAUCCAUAAAUCUGAAUAUUCAGUGUGCAGGCGUCCUUUUCCCCCUCGUAUUUUCCUCCGAGUGCGGUUUUUGUCUGCUGAUAUUAACCCUGUGUUUGGUCACGCUGGUCCUGCCUUUACAAAGAACAAACCGUUCGUGCGUGCGUGAAGUGGAUCGUGGAAAGUGUGUAUGCGUGUCGUGAUUGUGUUUCGAUGUGCUUCCCCCCACCUCAGGAUUCUGUCAGCAUCUUUGAUCCCACCUCCCAAAGGCGCAUUUCCAAAAUUUCAAUGUACAGCUCCUUUUCAUUUCUGGAGCAGGGUUUAGUUCUCUUGCUUCCAUCUUUUUUUUGUGCGUGUUAUCAGGGAGGUUUCCAGCUGAUAGAUCAUCCUGAGUCAGUGGUUGAUAUUUCUGUGUUCUUCACUAUUAAUCGGAUGUUUUCUUUCUGUCGUCAAGUAGCUCAAAACUGUACAUAGAUUGUGUCAUAAAGAAAACAUCUCCCAGUGUUCUUUGCUCUGUUCAGCCCUGAAGGCUCACAAGUAGAAAACAAAGCAGUGCAUGCUGGGAGAUUAGUUUUUCUUCUUCUUCUUCUUUUGUUUUGGGAAUAUUAACUCUGGGUUUCAUGUUAGGAGGGCAAUGAUAAUGCCAGACUGAAACAGAUGCAAAUGAACAAUAAUAAUAACAUGCCCUGCAGCUGUACCUUCAAAAUGAAUGAGCUCCUUAAACAUGUGGCCACCAUUAUCUUGCCAAAAGCAUCUUUCAGCAGUCAGAACUACCCCACAUGAGCUUGAAGAACAUUAUGUAUUGUAUAAAUGUGUCACUUUGUUUGAAAUGAUUUUUUUAACAUGUAAUGGGACAUGGAGUGAGGUAUGCAACAUGUCAAAAGGUUUUUUUUUUCAAGGGAAAGUUUGGUGAUAAAUGCAAAUAACCAGAGGUCAGGCAAAAAAAAACCCUGAAAUUUUUGUUGCAAAAAAAGAAAGAAAUAGGAAAAUAAUUCUGUCCUCUGCAAAAGUCAAUAGACCCCUUCAACUUAGCUUUGGCCUCACAUCAGUCUAGAGUACUUUUAGAUCACAUCUGAAAGACUAAUGCAUUGGUUGAAGCAGUGAGAGUGUGUGUGUGUGUGUGAGAGAGAGAGUGGGUGUGUGUGUUUGUGCAUUGCUGUCUGACAAUGGUUGAUGAAUUUCCUUUCAGUGGCAGAGAGGCCAAAAUGUUGAUGUACGUGUAUUGGUCUUCACAUUUAAUGAUGAUGAUAAAAAUAAUACACUCCAUUCCAUAAGCGUCACUCGAAACAAUUAAAGCACUUGUUCUGCUUAA